AUGCAGACCCGCUACGCCUUUGACGACUCGAAACUGCCGGAGACGACGGCCAAGUCGCGCGGUGCCUACCUGCGCGUGCACUUCAAGAACACGCGUGAGACUGCUGCCGCGAUCAGUGGCAUGCCUCUCCAGAAGGCUUACGAGUACCUCGGCAAUGUUGUCGAACACAAGCAGGCCAUUCCUUUCCGCCGUUUCAACGGUGGCGUUGGGCGCACUCCUCAGGUGAAGGACUUCAACACGACACAGGGUCGCUGGCCAGUGAAGUCGGUCAAGUUCCUUCUGGGUCUUCUGAAGAACGCAGAGGCUAAUGCAGAGGCUAAGGGUAUGGAGGUUGAGUCAAUCAUCAUUCGCAACAUUGUGGUGCAACAAGCCCCGACGACCUACCGUCGCACUUACCGUGCUCACGGUCGCAUCAACCCUUACCGCAGCUCGCCUUGCCACAUCGAAAUUCACCUUUCGACUCCCACCGAGCAAGUUCAGAAGACCAAAGAUGCUGUUGUGACGCAGCGUCUUAACAAGCGCCAGCUUGCCAAGAAACGUGUUGCGGCUGCUCGCGCCAUCACUGCUGCUCCUUUGCAGAAGUAA